AUGGGCCGCAAGUUCUUCGUCGGUGGCAACUGGAAAUGCAACGGAACCACAGAUCAGGUCGAGAAGAUUGUCAAAACCCUGAAUGAAGGACAGGUUCCCCCUUCAGAUGUUGUUGAGGUCGUUGUCAGCCCUCCUUAUGUCUUCCUUCCUGUGGUCAAGAGCCUGCUGCGCCCAGAGUUCCAAGUUGCUGCUCAGAACUGCUGGGUGAAGAAGGGAGGUGCUUUCACUGGUGAAGUCAGUGCUGAGAUGCUCAUGAACCUUGGUGUUCCCUGGGUCAUUCUUGGACACUCUGAAAGGAGAGCUCUGCUGGGGGAGAAUCGAAUGAGGUAUGAUCCAGGUUGCAUCUUAUGCAACAUGUUUCUCUUUGUUGGAGACAAGGUUGCUUAUGCCCUGUCUCAGGGACUGAAGGUCAUUGCAUGCGUUGGUGAGACCCUUGAGCAGAGGGAGGCUGGGUCAACCAUGGAAGUUGUUGCUGCACAAACAAAAGCAAUUGCUGAGAAGAUCAAUGACUGGAGCAACGUAGUUAUUGCCUAUGAACCAGUCUGGGCUAUUGGAACUGGUAAAGUUGCCACCCCAGCUCAGGCUCAGGAAGUGCACGCAUCCCUGAGGGACUGGCUAAAGACCAACGUCAGCCCUGAGGUUGCUGAAUCUACAAGGAUCAUCUACGGAGGCUCUGUAACUGCUGCGAACUGCAAAGAGCUGGCAGCACAGCCUGAUGUCGAUGGUUUCCUUGUCGGUGGAGCUUCUUUGAAGCCCGAGUUCAUCGACAUCAUCAACGCAGCCACCGUGAAGUCCGCUUAA